CUCCCCGAGCCCAGUACUGGGCUGCCAGCGUGACUACGCUGGGCGGGCGACCCAGCCAGCUUCGGCGAGCGCCCCGAAGCCAUGGAGGUCCUAGUUUUGUACGGGUACCACGCGCAGGAGGAGGGCGAGCUGAGCCUGGCGCCUGGGGAUGUGGUCCACGAGGUGCGCCAGGGGUCAGCGCAGGGCUGGCUGUGCGGCGAGCUGCGGGGCCGCUGCGGCCUCUUCCCCGAGCGUCUAGUGCAGGAGAUUCCGGAGGACCUGCGAGGCGCCGCGGAGGCGCAGAGACCGCGCUGCCCGCGCCGCCAAGGUCACCUCACUAAAUCUUGGGGCUCCAAAAGAUGGUGCAAAGUGAACUUCAACUACAGCCCAGAGCAGGCGGACGAGCUGAAGCUGCAAGCUGGGGAGAUAGUGGAAGUGUUAAAGGAGAUUGAGGACGGCUGGUGGCUGGGGCAGAAGAACGGGCAACUGGGAGCCUUCCCAUCCAACUUUGUGGAAUUGCUGGACAGUGGGCCCCCAAGCCGCGAUCACCCAGCCAUGCCUUCAAUCAGCCCUUAUCCCCGGCGGCCUCCCAAGCUGAGCAGCCUGACUUAUGACAGCCCUCCAGAUUACCUUCAGACAGUCCCCCACCCUGAGACCUACAGGAUCCUGUUUGACUACCAACCCGAGGCCCCAGACGAGUUGGAGCUGCGAAGUGGGGACAUGGUGAAAGUACUGAGGAAGACCACAGAGGACAAGGGCUGGUGGGAAGGAGAGUGCCAGGGCAGGAGAGGAGUCUUCCCAGACAACUUCGUGCUCCCCCCGCCCCCCAUCAAGAAGCUUGUCCCACACAAAAUGAUGUCUCAGGAAUCAGCUCCCAUUAAGGAACCAAAAAAGGUGGUGCCCAAAGCAGCCCUCUCUACUGCCAAGAAGCUGGUGGCAGCCACCAGUGGGCCUGGAAAAGCCAAGCCAUCUAGGACAUCCAGUGGGGACAAUCAGAAGCGACCCUCCCGUGACUCAGGCUCCAGUGGCAGAUUCCUCGGGGGGACACCUGGCCACCCUGGCAGAAAGCGAUUCAAGGCCCAGGUUCCCCGGCAGCGCUCUGUACCCAGUCAGGAGAAAGAGCACACCAGGCUGGCAAAGGCCCCUCCUGGGAGUAAAAUUCCUGCUCUGGACAAGACCCCCAAGCCAGAGAAGACCCUGCAUCCAGAUAAGGCUGCUGCUCCCGAGAAGACUCGGACACCUAAGAAAGUCCCCACCUUUGAGAAGACCCCAACCCCAGACAAGGGCCCCACUCCAGAAAAGGCCCCAACUCCAGAUAGGGCUGCCAGCCCAGAAAAGACCCCAGUCCUCAACAAGACCCCCACCUCAAAGAAGACCCCAGCCCCAGACAAGGUCCCCAUUCCAGAAAAGGCUCUGACCCCAGACAAAGCCUCUACCCCAGAGGCAGCCCCAACUCCGGACAACGACUUGACUCCUGACCAAGUUCCUACCCCAGAGGAGGUUUCUUCUGUGGAUGAGGCCCCCAGCCCGGAAGUCCCACCUGAAGAAGAAGCCCCUGGUCCAAAGAUAGCCCAUCCUGGGGAGGAGGCCUCCACCCUGGACGAGAUCCUAACCCAGGAUCAGGUGCUCUGUGAGGAGGCCCCCUGCAGGCCACACAAUAACCACCUGCAUGGUUUCUCCCCAGAGGGGACCCUGCAGGAGGCUACAUCCCAUGUGCCUGAGGAUGCCCCACCCCAAGAGCCCGGCCUCCUGCCAGAAGAGCCCCUGUUACAGGCCCCCUGCCCCGAGCCUAUCUGUGGCGAAAUGAAACCCCACCUUGGUCCACUCCAGCCUGGGUCCACGCCAGCCCCUGACAAGGCCCACCCCCAGGAAGGGGCCUCAACUCUCCUGCAGGAGGAACCCCCUCCUGCCGAAGGGGAGGCUCCCCAGAAAGAGGAGAUGGCGCCAAAGGAGGAGACCCCCUCCAAAGAGCAGACUUCACCCGAAAAGGAAGCCACUUACCAAGGAGAGGUAGUACCCCCCAGUGAAUCAGGAGUCACUGCCCCAAAGAAGCCACAUUCCAUCAAGCCGACCCCAGGAGCCCGAGAGACCCCCUCCCUCCAGUCUCUGGCCCCACAAAACCCUACAGCAGGCAUGGAGGACAGAGGCGGCGUCGGGAGGCUGGUGGACGAGGUGGCGGCUCUGCGGAGGUCGCUGGACCUGAUGAGGACGCAGUUGGAAAGGAAGCUGAGCAGCAUCGGGGAGGAGUUGAAGAUUGAGAGGGAGCACCGCCAACGGCUGGAGGUCCAGAUGCUGCAGAGGACCCAGGAGGCCCGGAGCCUAGCCUCCAGCCACUCACAGACGCAGACAUACUGAGGGUGGUCUGGGGGGGCCACAGCCCAGCCUGGAAGAUGGCUGGCCGCAGUUAUCAGCGUCCUUGCACUUUGGGACACGCUGGAAAAGAAAAUAAACUCGGCCUGCUGGA